UUCUCAUCGAAUGCUACGAUUCUGUAUGACAUGUGACUGAUUUGAGUGUAUGCAGUGCUCAUUCACUCGAUGCGUCCGACUUCUUUCGCCUAGUUUUCAUCGCCUCGUUCUGGAUGUUUUGAUCGAGAACCUAUUCAAUUUGAAGCCUUCUGCAACAUUCACGGAAAUUCGAAAGGCUAUACGGACGUCUGUUGUGGAAACCUCUAGGAUACAGCUUAAACGCCCAUCACACUGCCCUUCUUCCUCGUGUUCUUGCUGUGGCUUCUGCCUCGCGGUAACUUUGAAUAGCAUCCUGUGGAACUUGCACUGAGAUAGCGCCAGUCAACGGGAUAUAAGGAAGUCUAUGCUACCUGUGGUCUCCAAGGAUUUCCCCCCCCUUCUGCCCACAUCGUUGAGAUGAAGUACGUGUCACGGAAGUUCAUCGACCUCAUUCAGGGCGCUACAUCCAAGUGGGCCAACUGGGAUCCACCCAGACCGAUCAAUGUGGGCGACUAUGGAAUGAUCAACAAUGAAACUGGAGAGUUCGAAUGGGAAGGGAACCUUUACACAACAACGAACGACAUCGGUAUUGAUAUGACAGAUCCGGCACUAGGCCCGAUAGAACAGGAAGAAGGGGACGACAAAUACAUCGUCAAAUCGUGGGGUGUCACUACCAAGGAACUCAACGUAUCUGCUGAAGCCGACGUGCCGGGUGGAGUGAAUGUCGCCCUCAAAGUCAAUUUUCAGUUCGAUGGUAGAAAACCGGCAGCUGCGCUGGUCAUGUACAAGCCAAGAUAUAUCAGCCUUCCCAAGGACGAGCGCAUCAUCUUGCUGCUCAAGUCCAGGCCUGAUGUCCUCAAAGGGAAGUAUGUCGUCACCGAAGUGAUAUCUUGCGCAGCAUAUAUGAUGUACAUGUCUAGCCAGAAGGCAGAAAAUUUUUCCGUGACACUUCAAGCUACAGGACCUAUUGCGCCGGCUGUCAAUGCUGGAGGAGCGGCCGGUUUCACCUGGUCUGCAGAAACUAUUUGUGGUCUUUACCGUGAAGGAAGCAACUCGACCGCAAAAUAUAUGCCCUUGUACAGGCUGAAAAAGCCUCGUCACAAGUUCUGGUUGCCUUUGAGUCAACGCGGAAAUGAGAAAAUUGAUGAUGGGAUCGACAAGUGGGAGGAUGUUGACCCACCUUGGGACCCCCUCGACGAUGAGGGCGAAGAGGACGAAAUCUAUGAUGCAGAGAUGCAUGGUGACUUCGGCGUUUUCAAUGAUGGCUAUCCUGAUAACGAUGAUGACUUAUGAUCAUUCACAAAUGCUAUUAUCGCUACCCAAGGCCAGAUCGUGCCACUUUGUAUAUAGACGAGCGUCAUUACUGGAAGAGUAUCAACACGUUACAUGAACAAAGUACCUUCUCUACUCAAAUUUGAACGUUAGACAACUAUACCAAUAUUUGCCUUGUACAUGAGUAUGCUGUUGCUGCACAGCAUGAUAUAUCUCGUAACCCUAGGGACUCGAAGCCUGAAUCCAACGUUUCAACAUGCCGACGGUGACACAGGAUGACA